AUGCUCAAGACGGCGUGCAAAGUGGCUGCGCUCGCAGCGGCCGUCGCGUGCUACGUGCGGCCUCAGCUGCUGCUUCCACUGCGUCUACUCGCUCUGGAGCUCGACCAGGCGGACAUCGAGUCGUCGGGGCGCACGCUGCAGGCGCUGCUGAGCUACGGUUUGGCGUGUGGGGUCCGGCCUUCCUGGCUCCGCGUGCUGGUGGCUGUAGCGGCGCUGCAUGUCGCCUUGUGGGGUCUCCAGCGCUCGGAAGACUCGGUGCUGGGACUCGACGUCGACUUGGAGAAGGACUUGUUCGCAGCGGGCGCUGUCGCGUGUUUCGCCGUGGUUGGGAGUAUCCUAUUGUUUGGCAGCAAGCGGGACGCCAGAGACCGGUUCCAGAAGAGACUGGUGGCGUUUUACACGAAGCACAACCCUGGAAAACUCGGGCAAGUGGACGAACUGGUUGAGAAGUACGAACUCAACGAAGAGCUGCUGUUCCAGCGGCUGCAUCGAAAGUACAAUGCACUGGCGGCUGGCGCUGAUAAUCACUCGGUGAUGAAGAAGAUUGAUGAGAGUGAGUUUUUGUACGAAGAGGAAGAAGAGGACAGAGUGGAGUCGGACGAGGAGGUUAGCGAUUCGGUGGACAAGGCCGAUGGACACGUGGUGCGUAAGGAGGCACUGCAAGAUCGCUUCAGCAGCGGGACGAGGAGUGCAAGUGCUGGAAACGCUGGAAAAGUGCGCGUGGGUGCUAGUGUGCCAGUGGCUCGACAACUGGACAUUGAGGAUUACGACGAGUUGGACGGCACGCCUCCUGUAUCUCCACGCACGGCUGGAACGUUGGCACACACGCGCCGCCAGUCGUCCGCACUGAUAAAGAAAGCGAUUGUGGAUGCACGUCAGAAACAAAAAGAACGCAUUGAGCGCCGCAUUGCUACGAUGGCGUCAAAAAAAGGAGAUGGCUACGCUGGUCACUAG